CUCUGUAAACCGGCGAUGAGAAAGGAAAAUUGAAGCGUUUCGUUUGUCAUUGCAAAGCGGCUGUCAAACAAAAAGUAAUUUUGCCUCAAACUGUACAUAUUAGAAAGAAAAUUGUUCUAAAAACAUAAUGGCACGCGAGAGCAGCGCAGGUUUUGAUAGGCACAUUACUAUUUUCUCCCCGGAAGGAAGACUUUAUCAAGUUGAGUAUGCAUUGAAAGCAAUCAACCAGGGCGGUUUAACGUCCGUGGCGCUACGCGGCACUGAUGCGGCGGUGGUGGCGGCGCAACGCAAGGUUCCUGACCGCCUGUUGGACCCUGGCUCCGUCACACACCUGUUUGCUAUUACUGAGAAAAUUGGAUGUGUUAUGACUGGCAUGAUUGCGGACAGCAAGUCCCAAGUGCAGCGCGCCCGCUACGAGGCAGCUAACUGGCGCUAUAAAUAUGGCUGCGACGUCCCAGCUGCGACACUCUGUCGCCGCAUAGCGGACAUCAGUCAGGUGUACACGCAAAACGCGGAGAUGCGACCACUCGGCUGCAGCAUGAUGCUGAUUGCCUACGACCCUGAGACCGGCCCAGUGGUCUACAAGACUGACCCAUCAGGUUACUACUGUUCGUACAAGGCGUGUGCAGCCGGCGCCAAGGCCACGGACGCGGGCGCGUACCUUGAGAAGAAGCUGAAGAAGAGAGCUGAUCUGCCCACCGAUGAUACCAUUCAGCUGGCCAUCGCCUGUCUCAGCCAGGUGCUUUCUGUGGACUUCAGGGCGAAUGAGAUCGAGGUUGGCAUCGUCACUAAGGAGAACCCCAACUACCAUGUGCUCUCAGAGAGCGAGAUCGAGAGACACCUGACGGCCAUCGCUGAGAAGGAUUAAGGUCUGGUUAUGGUUAUAUUACAACAAAACAUCUAUACUGUAAUGAUAUUUUUAAUAAAACACUUCU